AUGACUGAUAACAAUGACUCAGAUUUCCAAUCUGAUAUCUUAAGAUUAUACUCUUCUACUGGACACGAGUUUGUACUCUCUAGAAAGAUGUCAUACGUAUCCGGUACCAUUAAAUCUAUGUUGGGUGGUGGAGAUAACUCAAGUUUUAUGGAAGAUCAAAAUUCAGAGAUUAGAUUCAGAGAGAUUUCAACACCAGUAUUGGAGAAAGUCAUUCAAUACUUUUAUUUCAAGAAUAAAUAUACCAACAGUACAACCGAUCUUCCAGAGUUUCCAAUUAACGACAAGAUUGUAGUAGAUCUUUUAUUGUGUGCUCACUUUUUGGAUACAUAA